UGAGGACUAGUUAGUUAAAAUUUCAGUGUCUUAGGUAGAAAGGAAACCGAGUAAGUUCUGGAACAGUUUAAUUGCGAACAAGAGCCUCUAAUUUUGUGAUGGCAUGUUGAAUUUGCUGUUUUUUGUUUUUACUGUGUUCUUUGUCAAGAUGGGGAUAUGUCAUGUGAGCUGACAGGAAGAAUCACGUGUGAACAUCAGCAAAUACAGGUGCUGUGUUUUGUGUGUACGUGUGACCUCUAGUUUUGCAGGGAAGUCGUGCCAAUUUUGGUGGCUAGUGUUGUCAUGUAGUACUAGCUAGGUGAAGACUGUAAAAUUGUGCGGCGUGGUGCCACAUUUUCUUUUUGGUUGGGGAUUUUUCAUUUGCUCGUAGGUCACUUGGUUUCAUUGAAUUUGCAUGUGUGUGUAUGACCAUUGGUCUGUGUAGAGGAAAGUUCACUGUGUUGGGAUUAUUUGUUGCCAACCUUUGUCCAAGGUAAUAAUUUAAGUAAUAAUUUUGGUUUAUGGCUGUUGUGCUACACGCAACAUUCUUUUGUAUCUGGUGUUGAUGAUGUGUUAUCAAAGGUGAUGAUGGGGUAUGACUGCAGAGGCUCCUGGAGGAACCCUUUUGAGGAUGGAGGUGUUAUGCCCCUCUGCCAGGGGCAUCACUAGGUUUUAAGGACCAGGUAGGCUUGGCCACAAGGACAAGGACACGAUGUGAGUGAAUGUCGUGCGUUUCACAAACAGCUAACAAAGACUGAGAAUUUAUUUAUUAUUAUUAUAUUUGAGCCUGUUUUAAACACAUUGCAACAACAAACGCAGGUUCCAGCAGUAACGAUUCAUAACUGACCAACAUAGAGGCUAAUGACGUUCAUUCAAAACACAAUACUUGUUGCUGCCAAAUAUUUAAAUAUAUUUAGUCUUAUAUGGUGCACAUUGACUAAUAUGUUUCAUAUUUUGUAUUAAUAAUUCCAUAAAACUUAAAGACUGUCGGCAUCACAAAUGACUCUAUCAACGAAAUCCUUUAGACUCACCCCUCUCACUCCCUGUGCUGCUCUGCCCCGUCUCCUAUAGGUCCAUAUGGGUGGUGGAGUGAUUAUUGUUAUUAUUAUGAUUAUCCACUAAUGAUAAUCAUACUUCAUGUGAAUGACAGCUGAUGCUCCAGAGGGAAGUCACCCCAAAGAGUGCACACUUAACUCUAUAAACAGCCAGGACCUUUACAAUGCAUUAUUUUCAUAAAAAAAAAAACUUUCUUAUCUAUCCUUAUCAGCUUUAUGUGCUUCCAAGAUACACACAUACAAUGGUGCACCCACACUGCAGGUACAGAGUGCAAGAAAUAUUGCAGGGAAAACGGACUGGACUUUCAGUGACGUGGUCGCUCUCUAUAUGAACAAGGGGAAUGGAUUGAUGAGGACUGAAGAGAGGCUUCAGCCCCCUUAACAUAGGCCUAGCGAUGCCAGUGCCUUCUGCACUUCUACUGGCUGUGUAAGCAUCUAUGUCUCGUGUUUAAUCACCUUUACCAGCCACACAGGAGAAGACUGAAUUGAUACUGGCAUUGUCCAUCAGCAAUUUGGGUUUGCAGCCUUUUGGUGAGGUGGAUGAGGUGUGUUCCAGUCGGUCCCAGUGACCAUUUAUUGCAGAAAUUUGCUUGACAGGUAACUCAAUGACAAACAAAAAUGAACUUAAUAUAGGUUAUGGCUAUAUAGGUUAAAGCUAUGGCCACACGGUCAAAGAACUGUGUGUGUCCACCAGAUGGGGUUAAAUGCACCUACAGUCAUACUGCAGCACACACAUACACACACCCUCGCAUACAAAUGAUAAAGAAAUAAGAAAACACGUGGCCCAUUGUAAAUUAAACCCAUGAAUAAAUCUAACAAUAAAUUACUGCUUAUCAGACGAAUGAAUGCUCUUCAUCUGUUGGAUGAUUAGUUCAGUGCUCUGAUGUCUGUGAUUUGAUUUAGGUAAACAAGUGGCUGACCUGCUGAUAUGACUCACUCAACCCCAUGACUGUGCAAAAGUCCUGUGUAUUUAUGAAGGUACCAGAGUGAAAGGCUUUGCCUAAACUCACUCUCAUCAGUGCUUCAUCAUGUUUGCGUCGCUGGCUCUGUUCCUGCUGGCUCUUACGUUUUUCCUGCUCCUCUUUCAAACGCGACGGCCUAAAAAUUUCCCUCCAGGCCCCCGAGCCAUCCCCAUCCUCGGAAACUUGCUGGAUCUUAAUUUGGAGAGUCCCAUCGCAGAUCUGGAGAGGCUCUCCAAGCGCUAUGGUAACGUCUACAGCCUUUUCAUCGGCCCCAAGCCGGCAGUCAUUAUCAAUGGGCUGCAGGCUUUGAAAGAAGCCCUGGUCAACAAAGGUGCCGCCUUGUCUGGCAGACCACAAGAGCAAAUGGUCAAUCAUGCUGUAAGAGUGAAAGCUCAUGCUCCAGGAGUGAUUCUGGCAGAUUACAGCCCUACCUGGAAAGAGCACCGGCGCUUCGGCCUCAUGACCCUGAGAAACUUCGGCUUGGGGAAAACAUCGAUGGAGCAGAGGAUUCUGGGAGAGAUACAACAUGUUACGAAACUUCUGGAGCAGAGUGUGGGAAAGCCCACCGACCCUCACGUGCUGUUCCACAACGCUGCUGCCAACGUCAUCUGUCAAGUUCUGUUUGCUAAACGGUUCGACUAUGACGACGAGUUCAUGAAGUUUUCCGUUCGUCUUUUCCAAGACACCUCCAAACUGAUCAAUGGACGCUGGGGCAUGAUUUAUGACACUAUUCCCAUGGUGCGCAACCUGCCGCUGCCCUUCCAGAAGGCCUUUCAGUUGUUUGCGCUUUCCUACGAGAAACGCUUACAGAUAAUGGCUGAGAGUAAAAAAAGCAGAAUUCCUGGUAAACCACGCCAUUUCAUAGACUGCUACCUGGACGAACUGGAUAAGAGAGGAAACGAUGGCUCGUCGUUUUCCGAAGACCAGCUGUGCGCGCUCCUUUUGGAUCUUCACUUUGCUGGAACAGACACGACCGCCAACACCUUGCUCGCUGGCUUUCUCUAUCUGAUGAAUUAUCCUGAGGUUCAGGAGCGCUGUCAGCAGGAAAUAGACAAAAUUCUGGACGGGAAGGAUCACGCCAGUUUUGAAGACAGAGACCAGAUGCCCUACGUGCAGGCUGUUAUUCAUGAGAUCCAGAGGAUGGCAAACAUUGUACCACUCAGCGUUUACCACUGCACCACUCAAGACACAGAGUUAAUGGGAUACUCAAUCCCUCGGGGAACCACUAUCAUCCCCAACCUAACGUCCGUGUUGUUUGAGGAAGGACAAUGGAAAUACCCCCGUGAGUUUAACCCUGAAAACUUCCUCAACGACAAAGGAGAGUUUUUCAAACCAGAGGCUUUCAUGCCCUUCUCAAUAGGUCCUCGGGUGUGUCUCGGAGAAGCCUUGGCUCGUAUGGAGCUCUUCCUCUUUCUCGUGUCUCUGCUGAGGAAAUUUAAGUUCAUCUGGCCUGAGGAUGCAGGAGAGCCAGAUUACACUCCAGUUUACGGGACGACCCAGACCCCCAAACCGUAUCGCAUGAAGGUUCAGCUCAGAGGAACUGCCUGAUAGGUCAGAGGCUUCCCUGACACUGAAACAAACAAUGAAAUUCCACUGAGAAACAAAUCGCUUUGUGUAAGUUGAAAGGGCUCCCUUAUAGGGACCAAGCUACUGAAAAUCACUGUGUUUCAGCUCGUAAAAACAUUGGUCUUUAAGCAUGUUGUUUUUAUUGUAAUGACCUGAAGUGUGUUAUCUGGCUAAAACAUAAAAUAUAUCAAGAGACCUUGUUUAUUAGCCUUUACGUAUGUAUGAGUAUGAGUAUGAGCAACCUCAAAAAUGUUGACCAAUAAAUAAUUAAAUCUUUGAAAGAAA